AUGGCGGAAGGAAAGGAGGAGAAUAGGGAGAAGAAUGAAGAAGAAGAGAGCGUUAAGCUUUUCGUCGGACAAAUUCCGAAACAUAUGUCGGAAUCUCAACUCCUUGCAUUGUUUCAAGAGUUUGCUGUCGUCGACGAGGUCAACAUCAUCAAGGACAAGAUUACACGCGCCUCUCGAGGUUGUUGUUUUCUGCUAUGUCCAUCGAGAGAAGAAGCAGAUAAGUUGGUCAAUGCUUGUCAUAACAAGAAGACAUUGCCAGGGGCAUCAAGUCUAUUGCAAGUAAAAUAUGCAGAUGGUGAAUUAGAAAGGCUAGAGCACAAGCUUUUUGUCGGUAUGCUUCCAAAGAAUGUCUCUGAAGCUGAAGUUCUAUCGCUCUUCUCCAAGUACGGCACCAUAAGGGAUCUACAGAUUCUAAGAGGUGCUCAACAAACAAGCAAAGGCUGUGCAUUUCUCAAGUAUGAGACAAAAGAACAAGCUGUUUCUGCGAUGGAAUCCAUCAAUGGAAUACAUAAAAUGGAGGGCUCGACUGUUCCUCUAGUUGUCAAAUGGGCAGACACAGAAAGGGAGAGGCACACAAGAAGACUCCAAAAGGCUCAGUCUCACAUCGCUCGGUUAGCUAACGCUGAUCCAACAAACCCCUCGUUGUUUGGAGCAUUACCUAUGAGUUAUCCACCACCAUAUAAUGGAUAUGGUUAUCAUGCUCCUGGAACUUAUGGUUACGUGCUACCACCAAUUCAGAACCAAGCUCCAUUCCCCAAUAUGGUUGCACAACCAAACCGAGGCAACAACAACGCGCUGCAAGGAACCUCGCCUGACUCUGUGCCACCUCGCUUGGCUCGUAGAAACUUUCCUUUGCCUCCUGCAAAUUACAUGGGCUCUGGUUAUCCCCCGGUACGAGGUCUGCCUUAUCCGUUGGCUUACCCUAGAGGAAUCAUGACUCCUCGUCCUCUAAGCACCUCUCAUGGAUCUAUAUCACCUGUCAUUGCCAGCAGCGGAAUCGGUUUAAACCCCGUGGUUCAAACGGAAGGUCCCGAAGGUGCGAAUCUGUUUAUCUAUAACAUACCUCGUGAGUUUGGGGAUCAAGAACUCGCGGCUGCGUUUCAACCUUUUGGUAUUGUUCUGAGCGCUAAGGUUUUCGUAGACAAAGCCACUGGAGUAAGCAAAUGUUUCGGUUUUGUUAGUUAUGAGUCACAAGCAGCUGCUCAGAACGCUAUUAACAUGAUGAAUGGUCGUCAUUUAGGCGGUAAGAAAUUGAAAGUCCAGCUUAAGAGAGACAACCACAAUGGCCAACAGAGUAGUUAA